CCCCGUGUCCCCUGCGGCCCACAGACGCCCUGCAGCGCCCCCUGCCCUGAGCCAGCACCCCCAGGUUCUGCCAACCCUCCCACACCCCGGGCAGAAUGGGCAAGGAGAAGACCCACAUCAACAUUGUGGUCAUCGGCCACGUGGACUCGGGCAAGUCCACCACAACAGGCCACCUCAUCUACAAGUGUGGGGGCAUUGACAAGAGGACCAUUGAGAAGUUCGAGAAGGAGGCAGCAGAGAUGGGGAAGGGCUCCUUCAAGUACGCCUGGGUGCUGGACAAGCUGAAGGCAGAGCGUGAACGCGGCAUCACCAUCGACAUCUCACUCUGGAAGUUCGAGACCACCAAGUACUAUAUCACCAUUAUCGAUGCACCGGGCCACCGUGACUUCAUCAAGAACAUGAUCACCGGCACGUCCCAGGCGGACUGUGCGGUGCUGAUCGUGGCAGCGGGCGUGGGUGAGUUCGAGGCGGGCAUCUCCAAGAAUGGGCAGACGCGGGAACACGCGCUGUUGGCCUAUACGCUGGGCGUGAAGCAGCUCAUCGUGGGUGUGAACAAGAUGGACUCCACAGAGCCGGCCUACAGCGAGAAGCGCUACGAUGAAAUCGUCAAGGAGGUCAGCGCCUACAUCAAGAAGAUCGGCUACAACCCAGCCACUGUGCCCUUUGUGCCCAUCUCCGGCUGGCACGGCGACAACAUGCUGGAACCCUCGCCCAAUAUGCCAUGGUUUAAAGGUUGGAAGGUGGAGCGUAAGGAGGGGAACGCAAGUGGUGUGUCCCUGCUUGAGGCCCUGGAUACCAUCCUGCCCCCGACACGCCCCACGGACAAGCCCCUGCGCCUGCCACUGCAGGAUGUAUACAAGAUUGGCGGCAUCGGCACAGUGCCUGUGGGCCGCGUGGAGACGGGCAUCCUCCGGCCGGGCAUGGUGGUCACCUUUGCACCUGUGAACAUCACCACGGAGGUGAAGUCGGUGGAAAUGCACCACGAGGCACUGAGCGAGGCCCUCCCUGGUGACAAUGUGGGCUUCAACGUGAAGAAUGUGUCGGUCAAGGACAUCCGCCGGGGCAACGUGUGUGGGGACAGCAAGUCCGACCCGCCGCAGGAGGCUGCCCAGUUCACCUCCCAGGUUGGUGGCUGA